AUGAAUCCCAUGAAUGGACCUGGUGGUCCUGCCGCGCUAUGGCAGGAGGCCCGCAAUGCCGAAGGGAGGGUCUACUACUACAACGUUCAGACGAAAGCGACGCAAUGGGCGAAACCCGUCGAAUUGAUGACGCCUGUAGAGCGGGCAUUGGCAAACCAACCGUUCAAGGAAUAUACUGCUGAAGGUGGACGAAAGUACUGGUACAACACCGAGACCAAGCAGAGCACGUGGGAAAUGCCGGAGGUAUACAAGAAUGCCCUGGCACAGGCGCAGGCUCAAGCACCACUGCCCCCAGCUGCCGCGGCACCGACCUUUGUUGCUGGCGGGGUCAGCUCUCUCACCCCCUAUUCCCAAUCGCGUGAUCGCGACGACUAUGAUCGAGGAUUUGGCGACCGACGGGGAGGAUUUGGCGCUGAAGCUAAUGGAAUCGCGGCUGGCUCCAUGCUGGGGACCACACAAGACCCUGAAUAUGGAUCGCUGGAAGAAGCCGAGGGAGCUUUCAUGAAGAUGCUCAAGCGCCACAAUGUCCAGCCCGACUGGACAUGGGAACAAACAAUGCGCGAGACUAUCAAGGACCCCCAAUACCGCGCUCUCAAAGACCCUAGAGACCGCAAGGCAGCUUUCGAGAAAUACGCGGUCGAGGUUCGCAUGCAGGAAAAAGACCGCGCGAAAGAGAGAUUCGCUAAGCUCAGAGCAGAUUUCAAUACUAUGUUGAAACGGCACCCUGAAAUCAAGCAUUACAGCCGGUGGAAGACUAUCCGACCCAUCAUCGAAGGCGAGACUAUCUUCAGGUCAACCGACGAUGAGAAUGAGCGGCGACAAUUAUUCGAUGAAUACAUUAUGGAGCUCAAGAAUGAGCAUAUGGAACAGGAAGCCCUUGUACGCAAGGCUGCCAUGGACGACCUAGUGACUAUCCUGAAGUCGUUGAACCUUGAACCGUACACCCGCUGGGCUGAGGCUCAUGCCAUCAUCCGGUCUAAUGAAAGAGUUCAAAAUGAGGAUAAAUUCAAAACCCUCAGCAAGUCUGACAUUUUGACCGCGUUUGAAAACCACAUCAAAUCCCUUGAACGCGCUUUCAACGAUGCUCGCCAACAGCAGAAGGCGGCAAAGGCAAGAAAGGAACGCCAUGCUCGUGAGCAGUUUGUUGACCUUCUCAGCGAAUUAAGAUCAAAGGGUGUUAUCAAGGCUGGCACCAAGUGGAUGAACAUCUAUCCAGUUAUUCGUGAGGAUCCACGCUACCUUGGGAUCCUAGGAAACUCAGGCUCGUCUCCUUUGGAUCUUUUCUGGGACGUGCUAGAGGAGGAAGAGCGGUCUCUUCGUGGACCAAGAAAUGAUGUUUUGGAUGUUCUUGACGAUAAACGAUUUGACGUUACUUCGAAGACUACUUUCGAAGAGUUCAACUCAAUUGUGCUUUCAGACCGCCGGACGUCGAAUAUUGACCCUGAGAUCCUCCAGGUUAUAUUCCAGCGCAUCCAGGAGAAGGCCUUGAGAAGAAACGAAGAGGAAAAGCAUGCCGCAGAUCGCCAUGAAAGACGGGGUAUCGACGCCUUGCGCUCUCGCAUGAAGCGCCUUGAUCCGCCUCUCCGCUCCUCCGACACUUGGGAGCAAGUAAAGCCUAGGCUCGAGAAAUACGAAGAAUACAAGGCCCUCGAAACGGACGAGCUGCGCCAAACCGCAUUCGACAAGGUCAUCCGCCGCCUAAAGGAGAAGGAAGAGGACGCCGAGAGGGACCGCGAAUCCCGCGAUAGAGACCGCGGUAGCCGCCGCGACCACCACCAAGACCGCGAUCGAGACCGAGACCGAGAACGCGACCGUGACCACCGCAGCGGCCUCUCAUACCGAGGCGAGCGCCGCGGAACUUCCGGCCGCCAAAGCCGCACACCGGAACCAGACGCCUACGAAGCAGACCGCCGCAAGGCUCAAGCCGACCGCGAGCGGUCCUACCGCAAGAACGCCAGCGGCCUAUCCCCCGUUCGCGAAAGAUGGGACGACCGCGACCGUGACCGUGAGCGAGACCGCCGGGAUCGUGACCGCGAGAGGAGCUCCCGCUCGCUUAGCCACUACGAGCGCGAGCGCCGCGAUCGCGAGGAGGAGAGGGAGCGUCUCUACAGGACCCGGGGCGACCCACGGGGUAGCCGUGACGAGCUGGACUACGGUGGUGACAUGCGCAGCACAGUCAGUACCGACCGUAGGCGGAGACGUGAUAGCGACACGGAAAGCGUGGCUAGCCGCUCGGCGAAACGCCAUAGACGUGAUAGCCGUGAUCGCAGCAAGGGUGCGAGGAGGGAUAGGGACCGCCGUGAGCGAACGCCUGCUGCUGCUGCUGCUGCUACUGCCACUGCGGAGGAAGCGAAGAAGGAGGAGAAGGCUGUGCACUCUGGUAGCGAGGAGGGGGAGAUUGAAGAAGAUUAG